AUGAUAAAAUCACGCUGUGUUCAAGCUGUACUGUUUGGUUUGCCUCUAAACCGCGUCGACGGAGCUUUAUUUGGAAGGUAUGUUGGUUGCAGGCAUGAUAAUGAAAAUGGUAUAGAAAUAAUGUUGUCAUCAUCAAAAGAAUUGGUUGGUGUAAGGGUUAAAGAUGAUGUUAUUAAAAAAAGUCGAGAAAGACUUAACCCUGAUUUAACAGUUUCAAAAGCUCAUAAUGUUGAAAGAAGUUUAAUACAUUUGUUGGAUGCUGGAUAUCAACCACCUCAUUCUUAA